UUACACAAUGCAUGUGAUGUUUUACGCGGUUUUAAAGCUAACCCUAAAAAUGCGGCGGUAGUUCUGGAGUUCAAAUGUAAAUGUGUCGAUAUGUCUCGCGUUUCUAAAAGGUCAUUUGACAAAACGUGAGUAGUCAAGCGGCGACUGGACAUGGCGCAAAGUGAAAGUGACUCGUGUCUGUAUUGGAGCAGCGUCACCACGCCGGUGCCCGAUAAACAGUCGCGAAGCCGCUUCAGCAACAGGAGUGCAUCGUUUUCUCAGCGGCAACAAGAAUUUGGCACCCCUGCGGCGUCCUACACGAGCACCAUCGCUCAGAUGAAUAGGAAUGCAAGUGCCGUUACGGGAGGAUCUAUCGUAGGCUUCGCGACGCCCGGCGGCAGAUCUUCGCGGGCCGGCAAUGUCAGCGCGAACUUCGAAGCCACUGACUUGACCGCGUUCAGUGCAUCGGCGCUGGCGACUGAACAUCCAGCGGUCGUAGCUACGGCCGGUAUCUACGCCGAUUUUAUGGAAGCCUAUAAGGCCCAUCAAAGUAGUCAGGACGUUCUUGUACUGCUUGAAAAGUAUGAAAACCUGUGUGACAAUUACUUAGCCAAAGUGCGAAAAGUGACGGAGCGCAUGGUUUCUCGCAAGGGCGAAUCCGUGUGGACCGAAGCCAUGGUGUGCCAAACCUUGCUGACCGAAGAGCGCAAUACAUGGAAGCUCACGGGUGCCCUCCUGCGCGACCGAUUGAAGGCGAACCAGUGCAUGGAAGAAGGCAGCGACGACGACGCCAUGCUUGUCGAUGGAACUCGCGAAGCUAGCGACAAGGAAGUCAUCGACGCACUUUUGGCGAGGGAUAUGUUCGUACGCCAGGCGCAACUGGUGGUCGACUGGCUGGAAAGUUGCGCGGCGCUUCAACGCGGGAUGGGCGACGACGACGAAAGGCUCGAGUACUUCGCCGACGGUGGCUGCGCAUGGGAAAACACGCUGCACCAUCUCCUGUCUCGUGCCUCCACCGGUAGCGCACAGUCGACCUACGUAAGCGAACUGGAUCCGGACGCGCCUUCGCGUUUGCGCCUGCCAGUACACGACUUGGACCGAGACGACGAGUGUCGCCUAUUCCGCAGCGUCUUUUACCACCUACGAGCGGGCCAGCUGCAGCGGGCUCAGGAGCUGGCGGCAGACAACGGCCAGCAUUGGCUAGCCGCCGCGGUUGAAGGCUGGCGGCCCUACCACGACCCGAACCGUGGGAGCAGCAUCAGCAUUAUGGGCACCGAUUCAAUGCAGCCGGCUGAAGGCGACCUCUACCGGGACCUUUGGAAGCGCGCCUGUUGGGAAGCUGCCUCGAGUCCCACGUGUUCACUGUACGAGCGCGCCGUAUAUGGUGCCCUAAGUGGCAAUGUCCAGGCAGUGCUGCCUGCUUGUACCAGCUGGGAGGAUCAGCUGUGGGCGCGCAUGCGCGUUCUGGUGGAUGUGUGCGUGGAGCAGGAGCUCCGCACCGCCACGCAGCAAGCUAGGAGCCUUGAGCCACUGCCAUCGGGCUACCCCAGCAACCGUGACUCCUUCGAAGCCAUUUUUCGCGAUCUGCAAGCAGCUACUGGUGAUAGCGACCAGCGCAUCCUAGAUAUUACACAUAUUCUGCAGCGAUAUGUGGUGCUAAAUGACCCUGUUUCUAUGGUUGAAGAGAUGCACGAGUGGGCAACCAGUCAGCCAACAGAGCCACCGCUUCAAACAAUGCGGUUUCUGGCUCACAUGGUACUCUUGCUGCGACAGGUCUACUGUGAGACCAGCACUGCAGCGUGCGAUGCUCUUCUUCGCACCUAUGUAGACUUGCUCAUCGAUGAGGGGCACGUUCCCUUGGUUGCCACGUAUACAGCCACGCUUCCAGCAGCUGAUCAGGUCAACAAGUACACACAGCUGUUGCGCGGCCUCAAAACAAGGGACCCUGAAGAACAGGAAUUGUGCCUUCAGCUAGCACGGGUGGCUGGGCUAAAUGUGGCUGCCAUUACUCGAACACUGGUUGAGCAGGUGCGUGUUUCUGGUGACGAACCAAUAGAGCUUCAUGCAAUUUCUACUGUGCCUUCUUUGGAGACCACGGCUGAAGAUAGAGAAAAAGUAGCAUCGCUGGAGUGGCUUCUCUUUGACUCAUCUAACAGGGGCGAGGCACUUAAACAAGCCAAUGCACUCAUGCGAGGCUUUGUGUGCUUGGGAAAGAUUGGUGCCGCCCGGGAGACAUUCCGAAAACUGCCUGUCGACUCUGUGAGGGUGGCCAUGGAGCAGUGGAGCCGCUCUUCGGGGCGUGACAGGCAACUGCUGGCUGAGGAGGAGAAUGCUGUGCGAGAGUUCCUGUGCUUCGAGGCACUGCUGAAGGUUCAUGCCAGUUUCCAGGAGUGGUUCAAUCAGUUCCACAGGAGGAAGCCAGCAGCUCCCGAAGAGCUUGCUCCAGGGGCUCGCUUUCCUGAAAAAUUGGCUCACGAGCACAAGAUGCGGACCUACACUAUGGAGCUGGAACAGUGGCAGAACUUGGUGACUACUUUGGCCAAAGAGGUCAAGAGGGACGUCUUCGAUGUGCUCCUGUUUGUAGAUGGAGGCUGGAUGGUGGACCAGGGGGAGACUCAGACCAGUGGUGACAACCCGCGGAGCCGUCAGAUGGCAGCACUGCGCAGGCUGUGCAUUCCACAGCUGACCUUUCUUCUCAUGGAGGCCUUGGAAGAAUCUGGGUUGGCCGCGGAAUUCACCGAAGUGGUGGACACCAUUGCGUCAGAGAGGCAGGCAUUGUACGAAGAGUUUGGUGAUGAGGAGCUGCGAACACUUUUGCAAAAGAGCAGGGCCGCAUCUCUUAUCCUGCUGGACGAAGGGCUUGAUGCCUUAGGAUUCCCACUGCAGUAAUAAUGUGACUUCCUGUGCUCAGACUUGACAAGAGUGAAAAUAUGGGAGAAAGGUUGAAGUGAGCGAGCAAAACGAGGGACACCUUCCACUCUUGUUUUCUCCAGCGUUGUCAUGUGUGACACUGCCACUGCCAUACACCUUGUAAAUGACAUCUAGCUUUUUGUCUACACAAGACUUACAGCAUGAAAUUCCCUGUGUAUUACAUAAUUGCAGAAAGCGCAUUCAUAAGUCAUUGCCUUCGUUGUUGAAAUACUUGGGGAAAUGGUGAGCUGCUGCAAUACCAUGCUUGUUUGGUUAUCUUUCACUGUUGUCUGUUUCUAGUAAUUUUAACAUUUUUACUUAAAUUCUAGCGCCUUAUCAAUAGUUUGCAAAGACGACCUCAUCACAGCUUGUACAGGAUGUGUAAAAGACAAUGAGUUUGUAAGGUAUAAAAAAAUUUGAAGUUUUCACCUUGCGCACAAACAAAAUAAAAACUGGAUCGGCCUUUUUCA